UCCGGGGCUCUUACUCGAGUUCUGUGUUGGGAGUGGCUCGGUUACCUGUGGAUGCUCGGAGUAUCCUGCGUUCCACCGUGUAAUAGUGCCACCCUUCGAGCCCAGCGCCAUGGGAGUGACUUGGCCCUAGGCUGGAACUUAAUGUGAUGGAAAUGUUCCGUAGCAACACUGUCUGGUACAUUAUCUGUCAGCCACCCACGGCUUGUGGCUACUCUACUGGACAGCUCAGGUUCAGAGGUGUGUCCCAGAUGCCCGUGGCUGAGGGCAAGAGUGUCCAGCAGACAGUGGAGCUCCUCACCCGGAAGCUGGAGGUGCUGGGGGCCGAGAAGCAGGGAACGUUUUGUGUGGACUGCGAGACUUACCACACAGCUGCUUCCACUCUGGGCAGCCAAGGUCAGGCUGGGAAGCUGAUGUACGUGAUGCACAACUCUGAGUACCCACUGAGCUGCUUCGCCCUCUUUGAGAACGGCCCCUGCCUCACUGCUGAUACCAACUUUGAUGUGCUCAUGGUAAAGCUCAAGGGCUUCUUCCAGAGUGCCAAGGCCAGCAAGAUUGAGACCCGGGGCACCCGCUACCAGUACUGUGACUUCCUGGUGAAGGUGGGCACAGUCACAAUGGGUCCCAGUGCGCGUGGCAUCUCCGUAGAGGUGGAGUAUGGCCCCUGUGUGGUGGCUAGUGACUGCUGGAGCCUGCUGCUCGAGUUCCUGCAGAGCUUUCUAGGCAGCCACACGCCGGGGGCUCCUGCAGUGUUUGGGAACAGACAUGACACCGUCUAUGGCCCAGCAGACACCAUGGUCCAAUACAUGGAACUCUUCAACAAGAUCCGCAAGCAGCCUCAGGUGCCAGUGGCUGGGAUUCGGUAGCAACUGGCAGGUGCCAGCUGAGCCACACCAGGGCCCUGGAUGCCAGGACCAGAGAGACGUGGCAGCUCCUCUCCCUCUGCGUCUCAGCUGUGCCUGCGUUCUGAGCUCUGCACUCCCUCCCUUCCCCACUUCCGCCCAAGCCUGCAGUAGGAGCCUCCAGCAGCUGCUCUACCAGAUUUGGCCUGUCCUUAAGAGCAGUAAUUAGGAAGCAUGGAGAUACUUGGACCUCUGCUGCUGUAGGGCAAAGGUAGGACAGAGUGUCCCUGCCCCAACUUUCAGGGUUUGGCCUGGGCCUAAGGGCCAUGCUGUGCUCCACUGCAUGUG